CAUCUUUCAAUACCGAUAAUUACGUUUAUUAAAAAAUAAAAAAGUGUGGAAUUGAGGAAUUUUUAUUAAUUCGAUUUUGAUCCUCUACCGAGUACCUGCUACUUUUGUGGAGGUAGCGGUUCGUGAUCAGUUUUACCAUCGAUAAAAAUGUGGAAAUUAAUGGUUUUUGCGGUUGUGCUGUUGCCUCAAGUGAUAUGUGUGGAAAAUAAGUACUGUGAACUUUAUUGCGACUUUUUCACGGAGAAUGUGACUCAUACUGUUUGUGAAAGGGAUUAUGAAAACUGCGGACCAAGUCUAGAUUGUGGUGAUGAUUUUCAAGUACUUCAUUUGGAUGAUGAGAAGAGACAGUUUAUCCAAGAUCUACAUAAUUACUUCAGAAAUAAGGUUGCGAGUGGUAAUGAGACAAGAAAUGAACAACCAUCCGCUUCUAAUAUGAUGGCAAUGAAAUAUAAUAAGGAGCUGGAAAGUAUAGCACAAUGCUGGGCCAAUGCAUGCAAUGGAAAUCCACUUAUACACGAUAGAUGCCGAAGAACAGAGGAAUAUGAACACGUUGGUCAGAACUUAGGUUUCAUAAACUCUUCAGUGGCAGAUUUCGACUUGAUGAAAUCCAUAAGGCUUUUGGUGAAUCUCUGGUACGAGGAAGUUGAGAUUUUCAAAAGCGAAUGGGUUAAUGUAACAGAAGAUAGAGGUCCAGAUAUAGUGGUCGGUCACUACACCCAGAUGGUAUGGGCAGACACUUCCGAGAUUGGUUGUGCGGUCUCUUAUUACACAACGAAUUCAAGCGACUCAACAUGGCAUCAUUUCUUACUGGUCUGUAAUUACGGACCUGGAGGAAACUAUUUGGGUCUGCCUUUAUACGAUGUAGGUGAGCCUUGCAGCAACUGCCCGAAUAAUUUGAAAAGUAACGAGAAAUACGAGGCGCUGUGUGGGGAAACUGAAUACUUUGGCGAAGAUAAUUAUAGUCUUCUGGAGGAAAACAGUGACGAAGAACAAAUUUUAUCGGAUAAUGAUUUAUAGAGAUAUUUAUUCCAUCCCCAAUUCACCCACCCCCUUAUCACCAAAUUCCC